UUGGUGAGUAAGCGGACAUUUAUCGGAAACAACCAAAGGAAGUCGCGACGAGGGAAUGGUUCCUGUGAAACAAACAUAACACAAGGCCCUAAAAGCAAUAAACAUAAACUAAACAAUCUUUAAUUCAAUAUUGGAAUAAUGUAGGCAGUACCUGAGCUACAUGUCCUUUGACGAAGAGCUCACAUGCCGUAGUAUUGAUAAGUGCAAUAUUUCGAUUUUCAUUGGGUGAUUAUUUAUAUCUGUUUGGCAGCAGACAGCACGGACGUACAUCCAUACACAACACGAUUCGCAUACCCACGUUGGGUUCACAAUACAACCAUGGCUUGCGUGUCAACAUAGGAUUCUACAAACUUCUGCCACAUUGUUGUAGGUCUAGGCCUACUGCUAGCAUCAACAAACACGACUUCUCACAAUAGCAAAAUCAGAGAGCAUGGCGUCACUCUCUUUUCUUUUGGUUUCGCUCUGUUUGGUCGGAAUUCUAUGCGAUAGUUUCGCACAAGGUGGUCUUGACAUUGCUGCCUUCAAUAUUCAAAUAUUCGGAAGAGCAAAGAUGGAUAAGCCAGAGGUGGUUGACGUACUAGUCCAGAUAAUCAAUCGUUAUGACUUAAUUUUGGUGCAAGAAAUUCGAGACACUUCAGGAGAAGCGAUUGAGCAGCUCGUGGAAGAAGUUAAUAAAGUUGCAGAUGAUCCGUAUGAUUACGUCAUAGGUUCACGUGUUGGUCGUACAAAAUCCAAGGAGCAGUAUGCAUUCAUUUACAGGUCAGAUGAGGUUGAAGUAAUAGACAGCUACGAAUAUGACGAUGGGGAUGAGUUGUCUGGUGAUGACUUGUAUGAGAGGGAACCGUUCAUCGUCCGCUUACAGUCUAAUGCGACACUUGUGAAAGAUUUCGUGAUUGUCGGAAUACACACAAAGCCGACGAACGCUGUAUCUGAAAUUGACAGUCUUGUCGAAGUCUACGACGAUAUUCUCAACCGAUGGAAUACUGACUUAAAAGGAAAGAGAAUCAAAGUAGUUGUAUAUAAUACGAGUGUAGCUACGUCAUAUAAUAUGCGAGUUGCAGAUGAUCCGUAUGAUUACGUCAUAGGUUCACGUGUUGGUCGUAAAAAAUCCAAGGAGCAGUAUGCAUUCAUUUACAGGUCAGAUGAGGUUGAAGUAAUAGACAGCUACGAGUAUGACGAUGGGGAUGAGUUGUCUGGUGAUGACUUAUAUGAGAGGGAACCGUUCAUCGUCCGCUUCCAGUCUAAUGCGACACUUGUGAAAGAUUUUGUGAUUGUCGGAAUACACACAAAGCCGAUGGAAGCUGUAUCUGAAAUUGACAGUCUUGUCGAAGUCUACGACGAUAUUCUCAACCGAUGGAAUACUGACAAUGUUCUGUUUGCUGGUGAUAUGAAUGCCGACUGCAGUUACGUCCCUGUAAGUCGAUGGCCAACAAUUCGUCUGCGCACGGAUGAUAGAUUUAAGUGGUUAAUUGACGAUGGAGUGGACACUACAACAAGUAAUACUGUCUGUGCUUAUGAUAGAUUUGUCGCUGCGGGAGACGAACUCGAUAACGGUAUUCGUAAUGGCAGCGUCAAGGUGUUUGACUUUGACGAGGUGUAUGGUCUCAGUGACGAUUUAAUGAUGGAUGUCAGCGAUCACUUCCCGAUUGAGUUGGAACUCCUUCCUGAUUUGAAUUUGGACAAAGUUUUAACAACGCCAUCUGACAUAGACUCUGGAUAUCCUGCCACCAUGUACAUGUAUCCCACAAUGCACUUGGUCACCUUUGCCGCUGUGGUAUUUAAUUAUUACGCAAACUGUUAAAAACGUCAACAGGAUUAAUUUAUAUUAUUUGCAAUGCUUCUGUACCUCACUAUUGUUUGUUUUAAUCAUCAAAAACAUUUGCCACAAUAUGUAGGGUAGGUCUGCCAUGAAGCUUAUUGGUAGGCCCUACCCCUCCACCCACGCUGGUCAGAGAGGUUGACAUAACUUGUAGUUAAAACAAAGUAUUUUUACAGAACACGAUUCUAAAAUCGGUUGAGCCUAUUGAAUCUUUCAUUGUUGGGGUUUCCCCCUGCCCCAGACACCCCUUUAAGGCUUAAAACACCUGAUUUUGUUUAGUGUAAUUGGGUGUACGACAACAACUCCGGUGUUGUGACCAUAGCUCAACGAAGCUGAGAUACCCGGUGUAGCGUAAAGUAAACUUAGAUCCACUUUCGUUAAACAGGCCUAUUAAUUUCGGUUUUUUUAAUAACAUAAUUAUUUGUAUAUUUUGAACGUAACAGUACUGUAGUUCAAAAUAAUAAACAUAAUGCAAAUAAUGUUUAGUUCUCUGGAUUGUAUUUUUCGUUUAGAAAAAAGAAGUUGGUUUUGUAGUGUACAAAUAAAUUAGGCCUAUGUUUUAAGGUUUUUCCGCAAAACUAUGCUUGAUUGUGAGCUGGUGUGGUUCUCGUCAGACCUGGUUCUCCUUGUUUAUUAUAA